AUGAAUUUCCCUGAUUCGGUCCCAGAAUCUUUAGGGGAGAAAAGGAUCGUGGGUAUUCAGAGGAACGUAUUUCAAGAUUUUCAUCCACCUGAACCUAUUGAGAAUCAGAAGAACAUGAUGUGGAAGCUGGAAAACAUACAUAACCUUUGUUUUUUGAAUCUUGAAAACCACCAGCAACCCGCUCACCCUAUCUUCAAUAAUACUGUUCACGUCAGUCUCGUGGAUGGCCCAAAUUCUGCGAUCUUUGACAAUUUAAUGCACAGUGUCAUCUACAGCUUCACCGUUAUUUUCUGUCUGUUUGGGCUCGUGGGGAACGGAACUGUCAUCUGGCUUCUUGGCUUCUGCCUUAAGAGGAACCCAUUCACCACCUACAUCCUGAACUUGGCUGUUGCUGAUUUGGGCAUCCUCCUUUCUUUACUUAACAUUGCUAUAAUUGGGGCUGUAGUCGUUUUGUACAAAGAAUGCCAUACCUUUCUGGUCUUAUCAUUUCUUGAGUUGUUUUUUUUCACCUGUUCAGUAAGUCAGUUCCUACUGGCAGCCAUCAGCAUGGACAGGUGCGUGUCCAUUCUUUUCCCUCUUUGGCAUCACUGCCACCGCCCAUCAAAGUUGUCCUCCGCUGUGUGCGUCCUCGUGUGGAUCCUCUCGUUCAUCCCCUGUGCUGUUCAUCUCACUCUCUGCCUGACCCGGCGCUCUGCAAAUUCUCUCCUAUACCCGCUCAUUAUCAGCGCUUUCAUUUGCACUCCGCUAAUGGUUCUCUCGGCCCUGAUCUUGUUCGCUAAAGUCUGCUGCAAAUUAGAAUGGCGCCUGCGUGGGAAACUCAUGACCUCCAUCUUGGUUGCGAUCCUCGUCUUCCUUUUCUUUGCUUUCCCGCUGGACAUCAUUUGCAUCAUCACCUAUUGCUACGGCUCAACUCCGACUGUUAUAGGGGUUGGUUUCUUAUGCACCUCUCUAAACAGCAGCAUCAAUCCUGUGAUUUAUUUCUUACUUGGGAGGAAGAAGAAAGAGAGAUCCAGGGUCCCCGUGAAGGUUGCGCUGCAGGUGGUUUUCAAAGGCGAGGAAGACAACAUGGAAGAGAAGAAGUCCAAUAUUCUUCAAAUUCAGUUACAAUGA